AUGGAUGCACAAAAAUCGAAAGAAAAUCCCACAAAAACAUCAAAAUCAACGACGUCGUCAAAUAUUCGUCAGCGGCGACAACGUAUAACACAAAACUACCUUCUCGUAUGGGUAGACGCCAGCAUCGAAGAAACAAACAAGGACUGCCAGGAUACAUUGGCUCAAUUGAAGAAUGUGGUCAACGACGUUAUCCCAUCCACGAAACCGGAUCAAUGCGUCCAAACGCUCAAACGAUUUGAUCAUGAAACAGCCUUCGUUAUAACAUCGGACUCAUUAGGUCAACAAUUGGUUUCUGAAAUUCACGGCAUGCCACACCUAGAUACCAUAUACAUCUUAUGUAGCAACAAAUCCAGAUAUCAAGGAUGGACACAAAACUGGACAAAAGUUAAAGGUGUCUAUACAAAUAUCAAAGAAAUCUGUCAAGAAUUGCAAUUGGCUGUUCAACAGUGCGACCAGGACACAAUUGCCGUAAGUCUUCUUACGAUAAAUGAUAUGGCUUCGUUUAACUACUUAAAUCAGUACGUUCCAGUUUUUGUAUGCAUACAGCUAUUCAAAGAAAUUCUCCCAGAUAUCAAGUACAGUUCCAAGGCAAUCCAGGACUUAGCAGCUUGUUCCCGCGAAGUCUUUACUGACAAUUCAAUUGAAUUAAAAACUAUUAAUGAAUUCGAAAAUGAUUAUCAUCCAAAACGAGCAAUAUGGUGGUAUACACGUAAGUGUUUUAUCUACAAAAUGUUCAAUCAAGCACUUCGAAUGUUGAAUGCCGAUAUAAUCAUUAAUAUGGGCUUCUUUGUACGUGAUGUACAUCGACAAAUUCAACAGCUGUACGAACAACAGGUCAGUAGUUAUGGUGAAAUGUCUUUUAUAGUUUAUCGAGCACAAGGUCUUACAAAAUCAGACUUUGAAGAACUUCAAAAAACAAAAGGUGGACUUAUGUCGUUUAACAAUUUCCUGUCCACCAGUAAAAAUGAAAAAGUAUCCUUCGAAUUUGCUCGACGUGCUUCAGUAAAACCGGUCAUGGUGGGCAUUCUAUUUAUAAUGUCCAUUGAUCCCUGUAUUAAAUCAACGCCAUUUGCCUCGAUCAAAGGGGAAAGUUAUUUCAAUGAAGAGGAUGAAAUUCUCUUGUCAAUACACGCUGUCUUUCGAGUGAGUGCAAUUAAACAAAUAGACAAUGAGAAUCAACUUUAUCAAGUUGAAUUACGACUAACAUCAGACGAUGAUCAACAACUACGACUACUUACUGAUAAGAUACGAAAAGAAGCUGAUGGUACUGGAUGGCAAAGAUUGGGUAGUUUAUUGGUUAAAAUUGGUCAAUUUAGCAAAGUUGAAGAAUUUUGUAACGUAUUACUCGAACAGACAUCUGAUGAGAGUGAAAAGGCGCUUUACCAUAAUCAAUUGGGACAUGCCAAACAUGCUCAGGGUGAUUACGAAAAGACUAUUUGGUAUUACACAAAAGCACUUGGAAUUCAAGAAGAAACUCUUCCUUCAAAUCAUUCUGAUGUGGCUACUUCAUACAACAAUAUCGGUUCAGUGUAUAUAAACAUGGAAGAGUACCCGAAAGCACUUUCAUAUUACGAAAAAGCACUUGAAAUUCAAGAAGAAACUCUUCUUUCAAACCAAAACUCGUUGGCUACUUCAUACUGCGGCAUGGGUAAUGUGUAUAUCGACAUGAGAGAGUAUUCAAAAGCACUUUCAUUUCACGAAAAAGCACUUGAAAUCAAACAAAAAACUCUUUCUUCAAAUGAUCCUGAUUUAGCUAUUUCAUACAACAACAUCGGUUUGGCGUAUGACAAAAUGGGAGAGUACUCGAAAGCGCUUUCAUCUCACGAAAAAGCACUUGAUAUUGAACAAAAAAAUCUUCCUACAAAUCAUCUUCAUUUAGCUACUUCAUACAACAAUAUCGGUUCAGUGUAUGUAAACAUGGAAGAGUACCCGAAAGCACUUUCAUUUUUCGAAAAAGCACUUGAAAUCUUUCAAAAAACUCUUCCUUCAAAUCAUCCUCAUUUGGCUACUUCAUACUACAAUAUCGGUUCGGUUUAUCGAAAGAUGAAAGACUAUUCGAAAGCACUUUCAUAUUAUGAAUGUGCUCUGGACAUAUGGCAACAUGCAUUACCUCCAACUCAUCCUCAUAUUAAAGAUGUCAAAAAGAUUAUUGAAAUGAUAAAAGUCAUAUUGUAA